GAUAACUUUUAUCACCAUUAUUCCAAUGAAUAUUGAACAAACGGUAUCAACAUAAAAUUCAUUCCUAUUAAUAAAGAACUGUGAUUGUUUCAAGUUGUUUAUAAAAUUAUCAUAAAACAUAUUAAGACGAAUCGUGUGUACUAGAUUUUAGAAAGGUUGAAAACAAAUAGGAAUAUGCAGUUUUUUGGCAAAGUAAAAGUUUUUCUUCUCGUGGUAUAUGUCAUUGGUUUGACAAGUUCAACAAAAGAACUUAAUCGAUUAAAGUCAAUUGUCAAACAUUUAGAAACUAGACUUAACUUCGAAUUUACACUCAGAGACGAAGAUAUUGCUGAAAUAACAUUGCGACUAAAUGACAUCGAUAAAGUGUUAAAUGCGACCAUUGGAAAAGAAUAUUCUAUACCUCCAGCGGCGACAAAAGCUAGUAAGAUUGAUUUUGAAACAGUCGAUACAUUGAAAGAGGAUAUUACUAGACUCAGGGCUGCAUUCAACAAGGUAAAGUCUGAGGCUAAAAGGUUCCGACGGGACAUUCCAAAGAUUGAAAAUAAUUUGAUAUCCCUCAACGAAGAUGUUAAAAGUUAUUGCAAAAUCGCUGUUAAUAAUACUGAUCAAUUAUUAACCAACUUUAGGACGGUGUCAGAAGACGAUAUUAUAUCGUCUGAAAACGACCGGAAAGUGUUAAAUAGUAAGGUGGAACAGGUACAACUAAACACUGAGAAUAUGUCUAAACAAAUUAAAAACAUUGAAUCGCUUGUUACUUAUUUAUUUUCUUACAUAGGUUACUUAUUUCAAAGUUCAUCCUGUCGUUCGUUAAGCAAAUUUAGCAAAUUACCAAAUGGAAUAUACGGACUUAAACAAGGUUUUGAAGUUUACUGUGACCAAACUACAGACGGCGGUGGUUGGAUAGUAUUUCAGAGAAGACUGAAUGGAGAAACAGAUUUUUAUCGAAACUGGACUGAAUAUAAAAACGGUUUCGGUGAUCUCAAUGGUGAGUUCUGGCUUGGUAAUGAUCACUUGAGUCUACUGACAUCAGAUGGAGACCACGAACUUCGAAUAGAGAUUGAAGAUUUUGAGGGAAACAGUGUAUAUGCUAAGUACAGUAAGUUCAAAAUAUAUCCGGAAGAAGACAAUUACAAACUGGAAGUGAGUGGAUACAGUGGAACUGCUCCAGAUUCUCUUCAACAUAAUAAUGGAGCGAUGUUCUCAACGUAUGAUAGAGAUCAGGAUAAAUGGUCGGCGGUCAAUUGUGCAAAGAUACAUCAUGGUGCGUGGUGGUAUAAAAUUUGCAGCAAUUCCAAUCUCAAUGGGCAGUAUUAUAACCAGCCUCGCAAAAUAGAUAGUACUGGAAUUAUCUGGUUUCCUUGGAAGCGUAACAGCUACAGUUUGAAAAAAGUAGAAAUGAAAUUCCGUUAACAUGAUAAAUGAAGAUAUUAUCACAGUAAAAGUAUCAUUAUAAAAGUGAUGAAUAAUUGAUAAAAUAAUACGUGGGUAAUUUUUAGUUAUGUAAACUUUUAAGAAACUUAUCUUGCGAUAGCUAAUCAAGAAAAAAAAGACUAAGAACACGCAUAGUCUAUUCACUGUAAGGUUGGCUUAUUCCAUAGUUACGUUGCUGAUUGCAACUGUUACCUUACAUUAAAUUGUGCCUUAUACAUAUAUGUUUUGUUUCAAAGUCUUCAAACAAUUUAAAGAUAUAUAAAAUAUAUAGUGCAUUUUAACGUUAUAUACAUGUAUUAUCUUACUAGAUACCAUUCAAAGUAAAAAUAAGGAAGGCAAAAUGUGAAUAUAGAAUUUAUACUAUUAUGAAAUGACUGCAGGAUUGAAGUUUGCAAAAUGUGUACAGUAUUCUGUACAGAUAUCACCCGGAUAAAAUUGAAUUUUUACCUUGAUAGUACAUGGAAUGGAUUGAACUCACUUAACUGUCCAAAACAAUUUAAAUGAAUAUCGAAAUAUCUCACAGAAAAUAUGUUUGACGGUCAUGUUGUAUUAUCCAAAGCAUUGAUGUCAUAAUGUUUGUUGAAAAAUUAUGGCGACAAAACUAUACAUACACAUAAAACUAUUGUUGCAAUGAAAAGGCAAUGUUAACUUUAUUUACCGCAUUAUCAAAUGCAAAAGUAUAAUUAAUUUCACAAGAACAUAAUGCACUCGGUGCAAACGUAUUGUUUUUCAGUAUAUUUGAUUAGAUAAGAAUAUUUAAACAUUUUGAAAAACAACUUUAAGAAUGAAGAGGCAAAGAAGUCGUUUUGCAUACUUUAUGUUUAUAUCUGCGUAUUGUGUAUGUGUAUAUGUACAGUAUAAUAAAGAUUUAGUAGUAUCCACAAAUGAGACCAUCCCGUUAUUAAGACCACUGUAAACCAUAUCUGUUCGUGGCAAUUAAUGACAAAGAAAAAAAACAACAUCAAAUAUAAAAAAGAUAUUGAAGUUGUUUUCUAUAGAUACAGUAUUUAUUUUCAUCGUAUGAUAAUUUUCAUGCAAAAAGUUUAAAAUAUAUCCUUUAUUGAUAAACAAAAACUUGAAAAUUCCAUUCUAAUUAUUAUUUUGUGUUUUUUUCUUUUUGUGUGUUUUUUUCUUAGCUGCUUAUUUUAUAUGUAUAUGUGUGCAGCAAUAUAAUAAUCAAAGCACAAAAGACGCUGAAAUUGUUUGGGUCUCAGAAUGUCAGAAAGGUGAAGGUUGUGAGAUUAUAAACCAAUUUGUUUUUGUAUAGUGCCACCAAUGCUUUCCAGCGUUUUAAUUGUAAUAAAUAGGCUAUAAGACUAAUUGCAACACUGAUAUUCAAUCCAAUGUUUAUUUGACUUAAACAAUUUGAAAAAAAAAUGAGUUGCCUUAAAUGGGAUUUGAACUCCAGACCUCUCGCUUCCUUAGCGAGCGCGCAAACCCCCCGGCCACGGAGAAUUUAUAUAUAUUAAUUACCUGAAGAAAACCAUAUUUUU